AUGAGUUUUAGAAGCCAUUCUGUUGCACCAACUCGGGUUUUUGAUCAUCUCUUUGAUCCAAUAUAUACAACAUCUGAUCCAAAAAGUUUAUAUAAAGAAAACUGCAUAGCUUUGACGAGAUCUGCACCAAUAAGAGUAUAUCCUGUUUAUAAUUCCAUGUUUUCAGAAUUGUCAUAUGAAGAAAGAAAUUGCUUUGCUUAUCAAAGAAAUGAAUUACCAUUACAUUUUAAAUGCAAUAACUCUCAAAAUAAAAAAUAUUAUUCCGUUGUUGGAAAAGAAAGGUCAAAUUUUUUUUGUAAUCCUAUAAACAAUUGUCGUAGAGUAAAUGUUGGAUUAAUGGCUGACAAAAGUAUAGAAAACAGAAAUAAUAAGGAAGAUAAAAAUGUGGAUAGUACGUUCAUUCAAACUUUAUAUAGGGAAUCAUCAGCUCAAACAAAAUCUUGGUUGCCCGAAUGUUUUACUAAAGAAAUCACAUCAGACAAUAUUCCAGAAGUAGUUUUUGUCGCUGAUAUCAUAGAAUCAGUUUCUUAUCCAGGAAUUAAGGAAGUUGAAAUUGUUGAACGUGCAAGAAAAAGAAGGAUGUGGGAAACGACAUUGCCUCCAAUUAAAGCACAAAGUGAAAUCCCAUCACGAGUAGCAGCAUUGGAAGCCUUUGAAUGGGAAGAAUGGAUUGCGAGGGAAAAGGAUAUAAAUGAAUGCCAACAGGUUCGUCUUAAAAUUGUUUCUGAUCUCAUUGAUAAGAGAGAAGAAAAAUACAAGACAGACACUGAUUUAAAAAUUCAAAACUGCAAAAAAAGAACUCUCACUGAGAGAAAUCAUCAAAAAGAUUUACUAAUUCACAAGUUUCAGAGAAGUAUGAGAAAAAUUGAUAUUUCACAACGUAAGGACACAAUGAGAGAUUUAAAAAACGAUCCGGUAUUACUUCAUUACGAUAAAAAAUCAGAUUAUGCUAUUCCAAAAAUACAAAUGAAAAAAGUAACCAACCUAAAAAAACAAAUUCAAAUCGAGAAUUCUAUUGGAGUUAAUAAAAAUAGACAAGAAUUGUGGAUUCCAAAAAAGCCACCACAUGAAAUCAUACGUGGUGUAUGGAAUGAAAAUUAUUUAAAACGGCUUCAUGAAACAUUAAAACAUUUCCGACAUAAAAAAAAGUAUCAAAAAAAGUUUUUUGAAAAAAAUGCAUCUGUCAAGAAUGAAAACAUUUCAUUAUCAUUGCUUUUACAAGUUACAGAUGACCACGAUGUUAAAAAGUACCAAAAUAAAAUGUUAAUGCAGAAGACGAUAAAAGGACGAGCUAUACAGAGCAUGCUUCAAAAAGGAAUGAAAAAAAUUCAAGAUGUUAUUCAAGAAACAAAAGAAACUCAUUCGAUAGCCUCAGUAAAAAAUAUUUUUCCAGAAGAAUUUUGCCAACAAAUUGAUUGUCAAAAAGAAAUUAUGACAAAAUACAACAAACUUGAUUCAAAAUUGCAUAAAGAUCUAGAAAAAAUUCAAUCAAGUGAUGAACGUAAACUGUUAAACUAUUUUGAAAAAGAGCUAAAUCGAUUGAAUAUUGAAAAACAGGCGCAUGCGCUCUUUUUACUAGCUGAACGAGAACGAUACAGACGUGAAUCUGAAAACUUUAGAGGAACGAGUAGCGAAAAAGAGUUCAAAGAAGAUUCCAUCACUGUUUAUUUAGAAAACAUACUUCUUGAAGGAAUUAAUCGUGCAUUUGAUGACAACUCAAGAGACUUUAUUAGAGAAAUGGCUCGAAAUAUUGAUAAAAAAGCAGAGAAAAAAGAAACAUUUGAUAAGAACGAUGCAUCUCUUUUCAUUCAAUUGAACAAUAUUAGUGACAAUUUAGACACAUUUGAGGUUAAUCAAAAAAGUAUUACCGAACUUCUUAAAAGUAACAUACUAUAUGAAAAGAUGCACACAAUCAAAAAUAAUAAAUUGGCUUCACUCCAAAAACAAUAUUUGAUUAAUGCUCAUUACAGUUUAUAUACAGAGGAAUAUGAACAUUUUAAAAAGGGAGAAGUGCUUUUUCUGUGCUCUUCCAUAUUUAAUGAAAUCUUAGAAAAUGCAACCUUAGUAUCUUUCAAACGCAAAUCAGAUAAAAAAGUAUGUUUGCGUAAACAGUCUGAAGAAGCUGAAUAUUUAGCAGCAAUAAUUGUUGAAGACAUUUUAUAUAGCAUAAUAGAUAAUGAAGAAAAUGAUGAAUUAAACAAAUCAUAUGAUAAUUGGAAUGAAGAUGUCGAUUCAAAAUCUGAGUUUCAAACUAAAAUUAUUAAUGACGAUUUACUGGCUGAAGUUAUAACACAAGAUAUUUUAAAAAAUGCAAUAUUGAGUUCAUCAUCAAGUGAAAAAUCUGAAAAAAGUGAUUUCUAA